UGUUAGUCUAGACACUAUCGAAUCGGCUUGAAAUUGCUACCACACGACUCAGCAUAAAAUUCUGUAUCGAACUUUGUAUGAUUUUAAAAAAUUCAAGAAUGGGCAGAUUUCUGGUCUUAUACAGUCCCGUCCUUUAUCAAUUUAGGUGAAUUUAAAAUCAAACAACUACCACAUGAUAGUUUUGCUCCAAUUCUUCAUCCAUUGAAAAAGAUAUAUGCCAAAAACUUUGUAAUUAUUCAGUAUUAAGUAGGUACACUAACCUACCACGGUUGCAAACAGUUUGUUUUUGUUGGAUGCAAGGAUGAUAAGUUUUAAAACUGUUUCAGAAUUUCUGUGACAUCCUCCUUAUUUCCUUAGAACACAUUGGAUUUAAUAAUCAUGCAGAUACAUAUUUUUCCUUGUUAUCCUGACACAAAAACAUUUUGAAUCAUUUUCUACUAGCUGAAAUGUUCCUUUGGUUUGGGAGAAGAACACUCCUAUAGUUUUUUGCAGACUACAAUAAGUUCCUAGUUGAAAGAAAGCCUAUGAAUCUCUAUUAAAUCUCGACGAUAUUUCGUUAUCAGUAUAUUUGCAAGAAGAACUUCGUUAUCAACAUUGUCAGAAAUUUUCGAAGAUCUGGUUUAUUCAUUAUGUUUACUUUAGUUUUCCGCUGCUACUCAUUUUUCCGUACUAUAUUUGAUAAUUUGUCAUUAAAUUAUAUAUUUUAGAGCAACGACAGCAACGACUAUGCUCUAUAGGAAUGGAACAUGUUGAUCUUUGGUAUGAAAUGUCUGAACGAAAAGUUCAAUUAGGUUUAAUUCUCGAAGAUGAUGCUAUAUUUGUUCCAUUUUUCAAAGAAAAAUUCACUCGAAUGAUUUAUGCCGCUAUUCAAAGUGGAGCAUUACGUAUUGAUGGAACUUGCAUUGAACCAGAACAACAUCGGGCAUCAGAUGAUGAAUGGGUAAAUCAAAAUCCCAUGAUUGUUAUUGGAACAUGUCUUAACCUUCAUGGGAAAUAUUUUCGAAAGCAUUUCUCAAAUGCUCCCCCACUUUUGUCAACUCAUAAAUCCGAGUCAUCACGAUGUACUCAUGCAUAUUUAUUAACGUCUUGCUCAGCAAGAGCGCUCGUUGAUCAAAUUCAAGCACAAAAGAAUGAUUUUUUGCCACCGGAUCACAUGCAAAAUAUAUUGUUUUCUUUAUCAUCAACACUACAAUCAUUCUGGAUGGACCCACCAUUAGUGUAUCAAGGGAAUCAAGUAAUUGACCUAGAUCAACUACCAACAUUUAGACUACAUACAUAUGUGUCCCAGAACUAG